GACGCUGAAGGAGCCAGUCGCCGCCAGUCCGUCCCAUUCUCUACACGCCGCAUACAACGGGAGAUACAUAUAUCUCACAGAGGGCACAACACACACAGCCGAAUACCCCACAGCACCGGAACUGUGGAUUUAAGCUGAGGCAAAACGGGCGAGUUGAGGCCGUCGGUGUCGCCUGCAACGGGGAACCGCUCCAGACUGCUGCUCAUUGAACAAGGAUGAGUCCUACACAAAGAGGAAACAUGAAGGGUCUCAUGGUCGACUGCGGCACCAUAGCACACAUGAUCAACAACGCCACAAAGUGCAAAACAGUGGACAAGAGCUUUAGACCCGAGGACUACAUGAUCAAGCUUGCUGAUGGAUCCUAGGUGAGCGGGCUGGCGAAGAUAAGGGAAGACGCCAAAGUCUACUUGCUGGACAGCGAUGGACGACAGAUGAAAACGAGGCUCAAGCAAGCACUCUACAUCCCAUCGUUUCCACAAAAUCAUUUCAGUCAAAGCAGCGACGGCCAACGGAGCUGAGGUCCGCUUCAAGGAUGGUAAUGACUGGCUGAUCCACAAUGAUCCAAGCUCAAGAUGGACGUGUAUGAUUUAGAAAGUCCGUUUUCACUAACCCGGGCUCAGCGUGUCAGGGCCGCCAUGUUCCCAGAGACCCUGAUGGAGGGGGAGGCGGCCAUGCCAGUCCAAUCAGAUCCCUCACAGCAGAGCAACGUGCAACGUCUGGCUGAACCCUCCCAGCUGCUUAAGACUGCUAUAGUUCACCUGAUAAACUACCAGGACGACGCAGAGCUGGCCACCAGGGCAGUACCAGAACUCACCAAGUUGCUGGCAGACGAAGAUCCGAUUGUGGUGAACAAGGCAGCCAUGAUAGUUAACCAGCUGACCCGUAAAGAGGCCAGUCGCCGUGUUCUGGUGCAGUCUCCAGCAAUGGUGGAAGCCGUGGUGCGGGCCAUGACAAUGGCAGUAGACAUGGAGAUAGCCCAUUGUGCGGCAAGUGUGCUCCACAGCCUGUCACACCAAAAGGAGGGACUGUUGGCGAUAUUCAAGUCCGGAGGGAUACCAGCACUGGUCUGCAUGCUAAGCUCACCAGUAGAAUCAGUCUUAUUUUAUGCCAUCACAACACUCCACAACAUGCUGCUGCACCAAGAGGGGGCUAAGAUGGCGGUGCGUCUUGCUGAUGGACUGCAGAGGAUGGUUCCUUUACUGAAAAAGAGUAACCCCAAGUUCCUGGCCAUCACCACUGAUUGUCUGCAGCUCCUCUCCUACGGCAACCAGGAGAGCAAGCUGAUCAUCCUAGCCAAUGGCGCCCCAGAGAGUCUCGUGUUCAUCACAAGGAACUAUAACUAUGAGAAGCUGCUAUGGACUACCAGUCGCGUUCUCAAAGUGCUGUCUGUCUGUCCCAGCAACAAGCCAGCAAUAGUAGAGGCUGGUGGGAUGCAAGCUUUGGGCCAACAUCUUACAGCUUCCAGUCAGCGCCUAAUCCAGAACUGUCUGUGGACGCUGCGCAAUCUAUCCGAUGCUGCAACUAAACAGGAUGGUUUAGACGGUCUGCUGCAGAUAUUGGUCACCCAGCUGGGCUCAGACGACGUCAACAUGGUGACAUGUGCAACUGGGAUCCUGUCCAACCUCACCUGUAAUAAUUCACGCAACAAGACUCUGGUAACUCAGUAUGGCGGAGUGGAAGCGCUGAUCCAUGCUGUGCUUCGUGCCGGGAAAAAGGAGGAUGUUGCUGAGCCAGCAGUCUGCGCCCUGCGUCAUCUAACCUCUCGCCAUCAGGACGCUGAGCUGGCGCAGAAUGCUGUGCGGCUGCACUCUGGUAUCCCAGCGGUCGUCAAGUUGCUGGGACAGCCGCACUACUGGCCUGUGGUGAAGGCUGCAGUUGGUCUGACCCGGAACCUGGCACUGUGCCCGGCCAAUCAGACGCCACUGAGGGAGGCAAGUGCUAUUCCGCGAUUGGUCAACCUACUGCUGAAGGCUCACGAGGACACACAGAAACAUGACUCCUCUGCACAGCAGACAUACCAGGAUGGUGUUCGUAUGGAGGAAAUAGUGGAGGGCUGCACAGGAGCGCUUCACAUUCUAGCCAGAGACCCCAUGAACAGAGGAGAGAUUGCCAGCAUGCAGACCAUACCACUGUUUGUACAGCUACUAUACUCGUACGUGGAGAACGUGAAGAGAGUAUCAGCGGGCAUCCUCUGUGAGCUGGCCCUGGACAAACAGUCUGCAGAGCUCAUUGAUGCAGAGGGAGCUUCCGCACCGCUUAUGGAACUGCUGCAUUCCAACAACGAGGGAAUAGCCACCUAUGCUGCAGCAGUGCUUUUCCGAAUUUCGGAGGACAAAAGUUCAGACUACAGGAAGCGAGUGUCAGUGGAGCUCACACACUCGCUCUUCAAACAUGACCCUGCUGCCUGGGAGAUGGCCCAUACUGCAGUUCCUUUGGAGCAUACAUACUUAGCCGAUGAGUUAGAUGGCUCUUACCUCCCAUACGGCUACACUGAUUUGCCUCUGGACAGACUUCCGCUAGAUCCUGUCCCCCAUGAGACCUACAUCCCUCAUAUGCAGACCUACGAUCCAAGACAAGCCUACCCCGAACCCCUCUAAUAGGGUGAUGCGACAGAAAUGCUGGGGGAAAAAACAGGAGAAAAUGAGCAAAGUCGAGGAAUGGAUGGAGGAACAAAGAGUUUUUAAUGAAAAAGGGAACUAGCCCUUUCCAAAGGGUGGGUCCCAUUCGGCAAUUUAAGAACUAUCAACACGUUUCUUGUUAAUAAAAUGUCUAUUGUUGCUGUCAAUUAAUUAACAUCGUUAUGUUUAACUGUGGGAUUGCAGUGUCUACUUUUUCAGGCAUUGUUACACGGGUAACUUUUUGAAGCAAUGAAAGAAAGAGUGCAUCACAUCAACAUUUUGGGAUGUACGUGGCCAACAGGAGGGGGUUUAAUGAAACUUAUAAUCAUUAUCCUGUGUUUUAUCAUUGCACUUGUAAAGGAUUUAUUAAUUGGAGAGAGUAAAUAUGCAAAAAUGGGUUGUAAGAAGUUCUUUUGAAUUAACUCAAACUCUCAGUUUAACUAAAAGUUUAAGAUUUAAUUUAUUUUCCAUCCUAAAAUCCAAAACAUCAAUUAACAAAAAUAGAUUUUGCGUUGAGAUUACUAAUGGCAUUGCUAUCAAAUGCUUCCCUUGUAACCAAUUCUUAAACCUAGCUGCUGUCUUUUAUAUUUCUUCUUUGUGUAUUUGCAAAGAAUACAUGUUCCAGGGUGUCCAUGAGUGGUUAUUACAUGGUAGUAUUGAGUACUCAUGGAAAGAUUCUUCACCUUUUAUAAACUGAGAAAACACACAUUGAGGUUUUACAAGUCAAUUUGGAUUGCACCAGCCAUGGAGCUAUGGAGGUGAAGAACUGAACUACAAAUCCCACUAUGUCCCAGCUUCACUUCGACCAAGUGGGAAUUCUCUUCAAAUAUCCACAGGAAAUGGAUUACAAAUCACUUUGACAUAUUUGGAAUCAGAUUAGAAAUCCUAAGAUUUUCCUUCACAUGCAGCUGGAUUCACAAAUAUUCAGUAGAAAUGGACCUUAGGUUUCUAACAAUCUUGUGUACACCAUUUUGGAUACCAUGGAGUAUAUGUACUAUUGUAAUUGUUGUAAUUAUAUGUAAUUGUUGUACAUAUACUACGGAGUAUAUGUACAACAAUUCUUACAUGUACAGUAUAGAAGUGGAUUGAUGACUGUAAUUCCCUGUCAGUAGAGGGGGGUGGGCUAUCCCCAAGAGAAGAUACAGAUCCUUUCUGCUGCUGACGGAAUGAAUUAAAGAUGCAGUUUUUUCCUACCUAACCAUCACUUUAUAAUACAGCCUACAUGGUCGCCAUUUCAGUUGCUGCCCUAACGGACAGUUGGGGCAAAAAAUGCUGCGUGCAAUAUUGUUUGUACAGCAGCAGCAGCUGUUGUUGUUUGAAAGAUAAUCAACAGCAUCCUUAGCCUGUAGUGUUAAGAAAGCACAACUACAAUGACUUGUCAAUUGCUUUGAGGCAAUCUAUACUUUUCCUGAAUUGGAUUAUCAUUCAAUGUUGUUAUUUUCAGCAGUUUGGUAUACAUUUAUUGUGCCUGCAUGGAGAGCUUUCCCGAUCUAUGGAUGAUUAAAUGUUUAAUAGUACAAGAAAAAUAUAAAUAAAUGAAGUGUCAUGUAUUUAUUAAUCAAAUGAAAUGAUAUGGAGACUGAUUAAUUUGUAUUGAUAAAUGAAAACAAGUCAUACCGAUAUCCAAUGAGCGGUGUUUGUUGCCUGCCAGGAAACUGAUUGCCACAGCUUCUUGAAUUAACUGAAAUCUGGCCUUUGACAGCUGCAAUACUAGCCAUAAGUAUGUGCUGUCGAGAAUGGUACAUUAUUUGGCCUAUCACGGUACAUUGAGCGGUGGGUUAAGAAAGUUUAUGUCAUGGUAGCCUCGCUCUCUAGUCAGUUCGUUUUCUGGAUUAUAUCAUAGGAUAUAGCAAAGUGACAAUUAACUCCCAUCGAUAGCAACGGUUUUUGGUUUGCUGAACAGCAGGCGUUGUAACUGCUUGAUUUAUCAUGGUCAAUAGCACUGUUGCAAGCCCCUGAAAAUAACUGGGUACCUGGAUAGAAUCACCUCCGAAAAGGAGUCCGAAUUUGGUUUCUGUAACUCAUCCCUAUAAUAGACAGAGAAGGGAGGUGACAUAAGUGGAAAUCUAUAACAAUGGAUAAACAGAACAUUUCAGUUUCUUGCCAUCUCAAAAAUCCCCUGGCUGUCUGGCAUUUAGGUUGGUCCAGGACUUACUGGAGGGCGCAAGACAAAUAUAAACGUCAAUAUUUCCAAUAAAUGGCAAGGAAUUGCAGAGAGUCAUUACUGGCAGCUAAGAUGCAAGCAUAUUUAAUAGUCAAUGAAAAAUAUGUGUAUAAUUGCAAUGCACCACUGUUAAGAACUAUAUCAUUGUUUUGGACUAAGAAUUUUAGAUUUGUAAGAUUCAUGAAUCGGUAAACAUGCAUGCAAAAGUCUCUGUCUAGGUUCAAACUGGCCACAUCUGAGGAACAAAAAUAUCAAUACAGUGGACAACUAUGGCUGUUUCUGAAGAUUGAUUCCAGCGGCAAUUACAUCAAUCAAAAAGAUAUAUUUCUGUCUUCAAUAGGCUUUAUAUUUAAUCAAAAAAUAGAAGUGUUUGCUACUCUCCGCUGUGUGCAUUCAAACAACACACCACGGUGCACAUCCUAGUUACUCGGUCCAAAACAUGCGGCUGAGAGAAAAUGCUGGGUAGAGCUGGAGAGAAUGUUUGGGUAUGACAGAAGUCAAUAUUUAAAUGUAGUUUGUGCUGUGAUUUGCACAACAAGUUAAAACGUUCAUUGUUCCCAAUAAAUAAAUGUUAUUACUUUGUUUAAUCUGAAAAAUGUAAUUUUCAUUUUUGUGCUUCGUUUUUUUGUUAACGUUAUUGACCUUCAAAGACUGUCCUGUGUUUUAAAAUAUAUGUGAUUAAAGUGACUGUGAGGAACUUUUAA